UCCCAAGAGUUGCAUGUUCAGUUUGGCAUAACCACGCACGAAAUCGCUCAUGCCCUCGGUCUGUUCCACCAUCAACAGCGCUACGAUCGCGAUGACUACGUUACGUUCAUCGAAGAAAACGUACAAUUUAGAUACUGGCUAAAUUUUGCAAAGAUCCCAAGCAAGUAUCUCGACACCUACGGGCUUCCGUACGACAUCGGGAGCGUCAUGCAUUACACUCCAACCGAGUUCUCUGAUAACCAAUAUCUUAACGCACUCACUGCUAAAAACCCAGAUUACAUAGGAACUAUGGGGUCUAUGGACAUGCCUUCUUUUCUGGAUGUUCAGAUUAUUAACAGACACUAUUCCUGUCAUGAUGCCUGCAAUGCAACAGAGAACCAGCCACGCUGUUUGAAUGGAGGCUACGUGGAUCCCAGGAACUGUACCCUCUGCAAAUGUCCGACAGGUUUUGCUGGAGACGUAUGCCAACUGAUUGCUUCAUCAGCUCCGAUCAAAUGUGGCGGCCUUAUACCGACCACUUCAUCGUUGACCAGAAUGAGAAUUCGACUCACUUCAGCAGGGCCACGAGCGGAAGCUCCUCCCAAUCGUCGAGUUAUGAUUGGUUUGAAAUCCGUUAAAGGAGACUGCCAAGAAGGGUGUUAUAGAACAGCGGUGGAAAUGAAGAUGGGUGGCGAUUUUCGUCCAGUCGGAUACAGAUGCGCCCGGAUAAACAUGGUUGGAAGAACAUGCGAGCGAGUUAUGCGGAUAUGGGUAUUUGUAUACAUCAUGACAAACAGCAUGAAAUUAUUUUGUUGUAAAUCUCACUGGUUCCGUCGAAUGCUCUCCGUAGGGCGUAACGUUCCGAUAAUAUUCUUCGCGCAGAACUCAACUCUCGACGUCACGCUUUAUUUCCGA